AUGGGCGCCAGUGUACGUGAUGUGGAGCUUGCCCUGGAAGGACUGGUCUCAUUGGCUUCCAAGGGCCUCCAGCAGAUAGAACUAAAGGACAUCUAUCACGUCAUGAAGGAGCUUGGAGUAGGUGGCUAUGCCUCAGUGUUCAUGGUAAAGGACAGAAAAACAGAUGUCAGGAUGGCGCUAAAGGUCCUGGACAGGAAAAGGACAACUGAGAGGAACUUCCUCAUGGAGUUUAGUAUCUCCUUUCUCCUCUCGUCUCAUCCCAAUAUCAUUGGCAGUUAUGGGAUUGCAUUCAAGACCCAAGACCACUUUGCUUUUGCACAGGAGCUGUCACCAGUGGGCGAUUUGUUCUCCCUAAUUCUGCCCCAUACUGGACUUCCAGAAGACACGGUGAAGAGAUGUGCUGCACAGAUCUCCAGUGCCCUGGAAUUUAUAGAAAGCAAAGGAAUGGUGCAUCUGGACAUCAAACCAGAGAAUGUUUUGGUGUUUGAUCAGGAUUGCCAUUGUAUUAAGUUGACUGAUUUUGGUCUUGCACAUGUCAAGGGAAAAGCCAUUCAUGCCAGGUCUGGUAGUGCUUCCUACAUGGCUCCCGAGAUGUGCCAGCUUGCAGACCAGGAUAGUUUGCUUGUAGACUCCACACUUGAUGUCUGGGCUUUUGGUGUAGUCCUUUACUGCCUGCUUACAGGAGAGUUCCCCUGGCAGAUGGCACUACCCAGAGACAAGGCAUACAGUAGAUUUGCUGAAUGGCAAACUCACACUCCAACUGAUAACCCUCCCUCACCAUGGGACAGGCUGCCCACUGGGGUUUUGAGGAUGUUUAGCCAUCUUUUAGCCAUAGACUUUAAUCAGAGAAGCAAAUCCAAUGAAGUCUUGAUGUUUAUGGAUGAGAGUUGGGACUCAGACAGAAGCUGCGACAAUAAGGUUGAUGCUAAAGACAAUUGUCCUGCAGAAUCAGAUCCAUCAUGUGUUCACCAGACAUCCAAUUCCAGCAAAGAUGAGUCUAACACAGUAACAGAUGCUUCACCCAGCUGUGAGUCCAUCCCGUCUGCUACAAGCUCCAUGUCAUGCCAUUUGUACUCCUGUAGUUCUGGGUCACAGUGUGAGGAGGCAUCAGACCCCAGACAGAAACAUGCUUUGAAUCCAGAGAUGCUCAUGGAGGAUGAUGUAUUCCUACAUGUCGGGGCGGAGGUGGAAAUUGGCUGA